UGUGGACCUCCAGUUUUGUAAGAAAUAAUUACAGCGGCGUGUGUUGUGCAAUUAAAAGUGCCGGUGUUUAAAGUGGGAUUCGACGGACUUUGCCAGAGACCGUUGAACGCAUCAUCAGCCUAAGCAGAGUGAGGUUUAUCAGAGAGUGAGGAUGGCGGGCCUGUUGCGGUCCUACCAGGCCCUGAUGGCAAGGCACCCCUGGACGGUACAGAUGGUGACGGCAGGCUCUCUGGUGGGCGUGGGCGACGUCAUCUCGCAGCAGCUGAUCGAGCGACGUGGACUCGCUCAACAUGAUGCGCGGCGCACCGCCAAGAUGAUGAGCAUUGGAUUCUUUUUUGUGGGCCCGGUCGUCGGCAGCUGGUACAAAGUUCUGGACCGCCUGGUGGUCGGAGGAAGUAAGAGUGCGGCCAUAAAGAAGAUGCUGAUUGAUCAGCUGUGCUUCUCCCCAUGUUUCUUGGGGGCCUUCCUGUCUCUGUCAGGAGUUCUGAACGGGCUCAGCGUGGAGCAGAAUGUCGCCAAACUGCGCCGGGACUACACAGACGCGCUUAUCUCCAAUUAUUAUCUGUGGCCGCCGGUGCAGAUCGCCAACUUCUACUUCAUUCCACUGCAUCACAGGUUGGCUGUGGUCCAGGUAGUGGCCGUGGCCUGGAACUCCUACUUGACCUGGAAGGCCAACGCCGCGUGAUCCGCCACGACCACCAUUUUGUUUACUUUUUUUGUUUGUUGUCGUUGAUGUGACCGCUGCUCAUCAUCAUUCAACUUGACCAGGCGAACUCACGGCUCCAUGCCUGAAUGGCACAUUUAAGGCAAAUAAGUAUGGAAAUUAAGAUCAGAUAAGAUAUCCUUUAUUCGUCCCACAAUGGGAAAAUUUACAGCCUCCAGCAGCAAGAAUGUAUGUAGAAAGAAGAAAGGAGAAAGAGAAAAAAAAAACAACAAACAUCUUUCAAUUAAAUACAAUAUGAACACAAAUGGAUAAAAAUUAUUAUUAUUAUGAUUGUUAUUUUUUAUUCAUCAGCCUGACAGCAGUCGGUAAAUUACACGCGCACACAUUCACUUCCUGGUUCGUGUGUCACAAAACCGUCUUAACUUUUAGUUGUUUGUGUUCAUGGUCGUCUUUGACAAUUGCUGACACUGUGAAUACUGCAUAUAGACAGAGGUCAAUGUGAAUAAAAAAUAUAUACUGUAUAUAUAUUAUCUACCUGAAAUAGGUUUUGCAGCAAUCCUUUAAAAGAAGAAAAAAAUGCCCAUUAAAGCCAUUAAAGCACA